AUGCAACGAUUCACGAAAGAGACGGUCUCACUGAAGUCUAAGCUACUCGAUGCCGAGGUUCACGAGACGGAUGUUGUGUUAACCGACCGGGAUUCCGUGCUGGCCGCAGCAACUUACGAACGUACGGCUCUCAGUCAAGCAGUGGAUCAAAAUCGUACGCUCAACCAACAGCUCGAUGAACUGCAAGAUGCCUUUCAAUGUGCCAGAUGGGAGUCCGAGUGCAACGAUCUGUCUGAGGCGUUCGAAGCGCUCUCAAGGGAGUUAGAUCGGGCGCGUGAGCAUGGGGAAUAUGACCACGCUACGCAUACCACCCUCCACCUGGAGGCUGUACAGCAGCAGCAACAACAACAGUCCGACGGUCUCGCGACAGGAAACAAUGACGGACUUGUGAGACAGUUCAUGAAAGAACUAGAAAACAGUCAU